CCUGGGCGCAGGAGGCGGGGCAGGAGGGGUGGCGCUCUAGGCGGAGCGGGAGGUCGGGGCGGCUGGCGCUCGCUGGUAGCCGACCCGGAGGCGUCCAGGGCUCUUUUGCUGGGAUCGAAUCCAAUCGGGAGCCAUGAACGUGGACAAGGCCGAGCUAUGCGAGUCUCUGCUCACCUGGUUGCGGACCUUCCAAGUUCCAGUCCGCUGUGCCAGUCCCCAAGACCUGAGCAGCGGCCUUGCCAUAGCCCAAGUGCUGAACCAGAUAGACCCCUCCUGGUUUAACGAAGCAUGGCUCCAGGGCAUCUCAGAGGAUCCAGGUCCCAACUGGAAGCUGAAGGUCAGCAAUCUGGAAAAGAUCUUGCAGAGCCUGCUGGUAUACUCUCAGGAUGUCCUGGGGCAUCCUGUGUCAGAAAAGCACCUCCCGGAUGUAAGCCUGCUUGGCCAGUUCUCAGACCCCUCGGAGCUGGGCAAGCUGCUACAGCUGGUGCUAGGCUGUGCGAUUAGUUGUGAGAAUAAACAAGAGCACAUCGAGAGAAUCAUGACACUGGAGGAGUCAGUUCAACAUGUAGUGAUGGAAGCCAUCCAGGAGCUCAUCACCAAAGAUACACCUGACUCCCUGUCAGCAGAGACCUAUGGCAACUUUGACACACAGUCCCGCAGGUACUACUUCUUGAGCGAGGAGGCCGAGGAGCGGGACGAGCUCCAGCAGCACUGUCUGGACCUAGAGCGGCAGCUGGUGCUCCUGUCCGAAGAGAAGCAAAGCCUGGCACAGGAGAAUGCAGCGCUUCGGGAACGAGCCGGCCAGCCUGAGGCCGAGGGUGCCCCCGCCCUCACAGCCAAGAAGCUGCUGUUGCUCCAGUCCCAGCUGGAACAGCUGCAGGAGGAAAACUUCAGACUGGAGAGCAGCCGGGAGGAUGAACGGCUGCGCUGCGCCGAGCUGGAGCGUGAGGUCACAGAGCUGCAGCAGCGGAACCAGGCACUGACCAGCCUGGCCCAGGAGGCACAGGCACUGAAGGAUGAGAUGGAUGAGCUUCGGCAGUCCUCAGAUCGCGCAGCGCAGCUGGAAGCGACCCUGAAUAGCUGUCGGCGGCGCCUGGGGGAGCUGCGGGAGUUGCGGCGACAGGUGCGGCAGCUGGAGGAGCGCAAUGCUGGGCACGCAGAGCGCACGCAGCAGCUGGAGGAUGAGCUGCGCAGGGCUGGUUCGCUGCGUGCCCAGCUGGAGGCGCAGCGGAGGCAGGUUCAAGAACUACAGGGCCAACGGCAAGAGGAGGCCAUGAAGGCCGAGAAAUGGCUAUUUGAGUGCCGCAACCUGGAAGAAAAGUACAAGUUAGUGACAAAGGAGAAGGAGCGGCUGCUGGCUGAGCGGGACUCUCUCCGGGAGGCCAAUGAGGAGCUGCGCUGUGCCCAGCUGCAGCCGAGGGGGCUGACUCAGGCUGACUCCUCACUGGAUACCACCCCGCCAGGCCUGGAAAACUUAGCAGCAGAGAUCCUGCCUGCAGAGCUCAGGGAGACGCUCCUGCGGCUCCAGCUGGAGAACAAGCGGCUGUGCCAGCAGGAGGCGGCGGAUCGCGAGCGGCAGGCGGAGCUGCAGCGCCACCUGGAGGAGGCUAACCGCGCGCGCCACGGGCUGGAGACGCAGCGGCGGCUGAACCAGCAGCAGCUGGUGGAGCUGCGGGCCCAGGUGGAGGACCUGCAGAAGGCACUACAGGAGCAGGGAGGCAGGAGCGAGGACCCUGCCCUGCUGAAGAGGAAGCUGGAGGAACAUCUGCAGAAGCUGCAUGAGGCAGACUUGGAGCUACAGCGAAAGCGAGAGUACAUUGAAGAGCUGGAGCCCCCCACAGAUAGCAGCACGGCCCGGCGCAUCGAAGAGCUGCAGGACAGCCUGCAGAAGAAGGAUGCGGACCUGCGGGCCAUGGAGGAGCGGUACCGCCGCUAUGUUGACAAGGCACGCACGGUCAUACAGACCCUGGAACCCAAGCAGCGGCCACCUACAGGGGUGCCCCCAGAACUCCAUACUCUGAGGACACAGCUCCGGGAGCAGGACAUCCGUAUUCGGCACCUGGAAAUGGAUUGUGAGACCAGCCGAAGUCAGCGGGAACAGGAGGAAAAACUGCUCAUCAGUGCCUGGUAUAAUAUGGGCGUAGCCCUGCAGCAGCGAGCUGGCGAAGCGAGGGCGCCUGCACAUGCGCAGUCCUUCCUGGCGCAGCAGCGGCUGGCCACCAACGCUCGUCGAAGACCCCUGGGACGUCUGGCGUCCCUGAACCUUCGCUCCACUGACAAGCGCUGAACACCUCAGGACCUGCUGCCCGCCCUGCACACCUGGCAGAACUUCAUCUGCCCUUCGGUGGCACCCAGCCUCAGGCCGUGGUCAGCAGAGUGCAGGCUGGAAGCUGUGGUCUCUGUCCUUUACUCUCCCAGAUUGGGGGUCCAGGAAGGACAAGUUGCAGGGAUACACCUGUUUUGUUUUGUUUUAAGUAAUGUGAUUUUUAUCCUUGAUUCUAUCCCUGGAAAUAAUGUGUUGUCUGCUCAGAGCCUGAUUUUAUAUUUGAGAAAAUGAAUAAU